AUCAAUGAAUUGUGUGGCACUAGUAGCUCCACCGUAACCAUACGGUACCAUUGCUCUUUGGACUUACACUAAAGGAGGAAUGGUGUGGUUCUAGUCAGCUGUAUGGGCCACUUUUACAUUGGGAACAGUCAAAAUAGCGAACAAAGCUGUACCAACCCAUGCUGCUCAGUGGAAACGAGGCAUUAGAAGUCCUAAGAUGGAGAAGUGAAGAAUGAGGCCAGGAAGUUAAGGGCAAAGAUGGAUGAGAGUAAUGAGGUGGAGGACAAAAGAUGAGGACUGUAGUGACACCAUGGAGAAAUAGGUGGGUGGUAUCGAAAUGAAAGGUAGAUUCAUGUGUUAUGUCUUUCUAUAGACACAGAAAGUAUAAAGAUUUAAAUAUUGUAAAAAAUGCAUUAAUUGUGAGAAAUUAUUAUGAGAAACUUAAUUAGUUUUGAAUACAUCAGAAAAUCCAGUGUGUAACCUGAAGAGGGCACAAGAGCAAAGAGUCUCUGGAAAUGAAAAUAUUGGAGAUGAAAGAUUGGUUGAUCGUCAGACUCUUGGUGUCUCAGGGAUUUUUACCUCUGGUGUCACUCUGUCUCCUGGAGCUCCUAAUUUUAGACGGCUGUUUCUUCUCCCGGCGGUCGUCACUUCCUGUUUGUCCGGUGGGAACUGAGUGGACGCACACACAUAUUGUGAAGGGGUUCCUGUUCCUGAGGGUCUGUGGAUCCACUCAAGGAGAAGGUGAAGGGCAAGAAAGCAGAUGGAGAAAUUCAUGGCUGGACAGAAGGACUGAGAGAAGAAGGAUAAUUUGCAGGGACAAACUGGAGGAAGAACGAUAGUGUCCAGUUUUAAGGAAAAAGAGUUGAGUGUUGAGUAAAAUGUGACUGUGAAGGAGAUUAACGGAGAAGUUGGUGCAAGUGUUGGAUGGCAUAUGUGGAGGAGAACAGGGAGGACAGCUGUUACUUUGGGGGACCAAGAAGGAGACCUGGAGGAACAGGAGCAGCAGAUCGACAAAUUCUGUGGUGGGGGAGUAGAUCUGGUCCUGAUGAUGGGCUGCUGCCUCUUCGUUUACUAUCGGAAGAAGAGAAAGCAGACCAUCAGAGAUGCAGACGCCCUCAGCCUCUGCAGUCUGGACAUCAAUGAGCCGGGCACCAAGCGCAGCAAACCCGUCCCCAGGGUGGCGGCGCUGGCGAGCCUGCUGCCUCCGGUCAAAGCCACAUCGCUGAAGAGAAUCGGGCAAACCCUGCAGUUUCUGUCCCUGCAGCGCUCCGUCGGUUUCCGUAAUGAGAGUCGAGCUUCAACUCUUCCUCCUCCUCCUCCUCCUCCUUCCUCUUCCACGAUGACGACGCGUGUCGUUUCCGCGACCGUCUCCAGCCCUCCGUUCUGCAUGACCAUGUCGCGGGUUUCCUCGGCAACAGGCUCCGCCUCCAAGCGCCGCGACAGCAAGCUGUGGAGCGAGACGUUCGACGUCCGAGUCGGAGCGACUCUGAGUCCAAAGGAGAUAAAAAGACAAGAGGCCAUUUUUGAGUUGGCUCAAGGAGAACAAGACUUGGUGGAAGAUCUGAAGUUGGCCAAGAAGGCGUACCGCGACCCGAUGCUGACGCUGGCCAUCAUGACUGAGCAGGAACUGAACCAGAUCUUCGGUACUCUGGACUCACUCAUACCUCUGCAUGAAGACUUGCUGAGUCGGCUACGAGAUGCCAGAAAACCCGACGGAACCACAGAAAAUGUGGGACACAUCCUGACCGGCUGGCUGCCUUGUCUCUCCUCCUACACGCCGUACUGCAGCAACCAGGUGCAGGCCAAGGCCCUGCUGGACCAGAAGAAGCAGGACCGGCGGGUCCAGGACUUCUUGCAGCGCUGCCUGCAGUCUCCGUUCAGCAGGAAGUUGGACCUGUGGAACUUCCUGGACAUCCCUCGCAGCCGGCUGGUGAAGUACCCGCUGCUGCUCAGAGAGAUCCUGAAGCACACGCCCAACGACCACCUGGACCGGCAGCACCUGGAGGAGGCGAUGCUGGUGGUGCAGAGCGUGGUGGCGGACAUCAACCGGCGGACCGGAGAGUCGGAGUGUCAGCACUAUAAGGACCGUCUGCUGUACUCGGAGGAAGGACGGCGGGACGAACUGAUCGACGGAUCCAAGACGCUCAGCUGCCACGGAGAGCUGAAGAACAACAGAGGAAUCAAACUCCACGUGUUUCUGUUCCAGGACAUUUUGGUGAUCACCCGGUCGGUUUUGCUGAACAGCCAGCCGGUCAGCUACCAGCUCUGCCGCCAGCCAAUCCCCAUCCGCCAGCUGGACCUGGAGGACGUAUCGGACGGCGAGCUGAGAGUGGGCGGGUCCAUCAGAGGGGCCUUCAGCAACACCGAGCGAACCAAGAACUUCUUCCGGGUUUCGUGCCGGUCAGGAAGCCAGCUGCAGACGCACUGCUUCCAGGCGAGCGACGCCUUCAACAAGCAGCAGUGGAUCAACUGCAUCCGGCAGGCCAAAGAGGCGGCGGGAGAGCAGACUCCUCAGACGGAACGGCGUACAGAACCAGAACCAGGAGAACCGACCGAUUCGAGCAAAGAUUCAGGAAUCAAAAACGAAACUUUGGCAAAGACAGAAGAUCUGAAUCUGGAAGAUGUCGGUUUAUUCUCAGAGAGCAUGAUGGCCGCCGAUGAUGGGAUGUCAUCAGUAGAACCAGAGAUGGACGGUGAGACGGAGUCGACACCGGAACCAGAACCACCUGCAGACUGCAGGAUGGACCAGGAAGUAGAGACUUCAGCUGGGAAGGUCGCUCUGAACGAAGAGGAGGAGGAGGAAGUCAGCACGGACGCUGGAGACAACCAGGAAAUGAUCUGCAGAUGCUGACGGAAAAUAAACAGAACUGAAUUCAACCGAAUGCAGAAUCAGUUCAAAUACUCAACAAAAUGUUGGUUCUACUGGUUAAUAUUAGGAAAUUGUGACCUUCCAGCCACAAACUGGGUGUUUUUUAUUAAAGUUUUCUCUUACACUGCAAAAACACAAAAUCUUACCAGGUAUUUUAGGUCUAGUUUCAAAU